AACUGACUUUCCUUUUUCUCUUUCUUGUUUAAUGUCUGAAGGUAAAAGAAAAAGGAAAGCUAAGCACAGAACGUGCUACAACUUUAAACGACCCCUCAUAGAGGAAUGUACAGCUUCAGUUUGUAGUUAAUGUACCAGUUCGGUUUCAGACAAGUCUGAAGAAUUUAUGUCAUGGUUCAAAGGUGUUAUAGAGAAGUCCUUUGAAGUCUUUACUAAGUCUAAAACCAUGUCAGAACAGCCUGGGUCUCAAGUGGACUCAGAAAUGGAAGUAAGGGAAUUAUCUUCUUCUUCAGUUAAACAGAAGGAAGAAGUAUUCUUAUUUCGGAGAUCUUAAGUGGCGGGUGCAAACAUCGGUAAGCCUUCUUUGGCCGCUAUAUCAAUUUCAAUAUCUCUAAAGUAUUGGUUGCAUAUCUUAGAAGAUUUGGGCACUUCCAGGGAUGAUCUUCUGGACAUGAUAUAUCCUAUUAAGUUUACCACUGAUUUUUAUAUGACAUGGCGGUGGAGUCGUUAGGUACCAGUUCUAUGGCACUUUUGACAUCUGGAAGAAGGGCAUUGAGGCUGAAAGCUUGGUCAGCGGAUCUGGCAUAAAAAAAUAAACCUUUCACAUAAAUCCACAAGGGGGGGGACAAGAGCUCCGCUGUUAAUGAGAGAGUGUCAGAAAAUAAUGUUCUGGGCAGAACAAAAUAUAAUUCUUCUAAGGGCAGUACAUAUAAAAGGUACGGAAAAUCAACUGGCGGAUCUCCUCAGCAGAAGGCAAUUGAACCAGAAGGAAUGGGAAUUGAAUUCCCAAGUGUUUCAUCAGAUUGCGUAAAUUUGGGGUUAUCCCCAAGUCGACUUGAUGGCGCCCAGACUCAACAGAAAGGUGGACAUAUUUUGUUUUCUGUCAAAGAUGGACAACCCAGAUUUUCUGGACGCCAUGUCAGUUCUCUGGAAGUUCAGAAUAGCAUAUGUGUUUCCCCUGAUUGCGAUGGUUCAGAGACUGGUGAGGAAGAUCAGACAGGAUCAAGCAUCAGUACACGAAAUUUAUGGUCCUAUCCAAAGGGAGAUACUGGCAGCUUCCACAGAGGCCAGGUGGAACCUGGCAGCAUGGUAUUUGAUAAAGAAAAUUUGACAGAUCAUGGUCUUUCUCACGAAGUGAUUCAAACUUUAUUUCAUUCACAGAAAGUAUCUACAUCAAAAGUGUACAAUAAAGUUUGGAAAGUUAUUAAACAGUGGUGUUCUAAAAGAGAUAUCCAGUCCAGUUUCUGCAAUCCUUCGGUUUUUACAGGAUGAUUUCGAUAAAGGUCUCAAACCAGUUAGAGGCUGAGUUUUAGAGGCAGUUCUUUAAGUCCCCCCAUCCUUCUGUCUACAUGCUAGAUCCAAUUGGUGUAUGUGCUGCCUGAAGGGCUAAGGAAAAGAAAAUAUUUGUGCUUACCAAAAUUUCCUUUUUCUUUCUAGUCCAAAAGGCAGCACAAGUAUUUCCCUCCCAAAUCUCAUAAAUCAUCUCUGAUUAAUUGUAUUGGCUGUCUUUUUCCUGUGCUACAAGGGUGGGAGUGGGACUAAACCCUUUGGUGUAUGUGCUGCCUUUCGGACUAAAGAAAAAUAAAAUUUCGAUCCAUGUUGGCGAAAGGGAUUAAACGAAAACAUUCGGAGGUGGAUGAAGGGAUGGGGAGCAACCCUGAUCCUGUGUUAGAAGGGGAGUGUCCAUGUUCAUUCCCUGCCAUCCAGUCUCACUGUUUAAUGAACAUCUCUCUGGUGAAACUUCACCGUAGUCUUCACCAUGUAGAGCCUGAUCUGAGGCAUCUUGUGUUGGUGGCUAACACGCUACGACGUCUUCAGGGCAACUUGCAGGUGGAGCCAUGUGCUCCAGGUACGUGGAAAAUCUCUGAGGAGUGCAGAAAAGAGUGUUCUCCUGCAGCGGGACCUGAGAACAAGAAGCCAGCCCUUGAAAACACAGAAGAUCCACUCCUUUCCAGCAUGGAUGCCUCCUUAUAUUCUUCCAUUUCUACCAUACUCGAGGACUUAAAUAACUUUGAUGGACUGAGCAGCCCACCUCUUCCACAGGUUGAAGAUGACCAGCUAUGUGCCCCUAAAGUCAACCCAGUUUCAGUGAGUACAGAGGAUAUGAUGAAACUGGCAUCGUCCAGCUUUUUAAGUUCUUCACCAUACCUUUUGGGGGACAACCUAGAGGACAUAUUUGAAGACAUUGAUACCUCAAUGUAUGACAGUGAUCCUUGGGCGAGUAAUAAUCUUUUAAACUUUAAAACAUUUUCAAAUGUAGGUGAUAUUGAAGAUAAGGAUGGUGAAAGCACUGUUCUAGCACUUAGUGAAUGGGACUAUCUAAUGGAUGUUUUUGGUGAGAGCCAAGAACUGCUAACAACCUCUGCAGGUUCUUUCAGGACUCAAUGAAAUAUCUUGCAACAAGACACUACUGUAAAUAAUGUGCACAAUGGACAUUAAUUUAUUUCCUAAUAAACUGAUCUCAUAGUCUGAAGGCUUUAUAUUUAUAGCCAGCAAAAUGCAACUUUCAGGGAAGUAAAAUAUUAACAUAUUUUUAAUGUAGAAGAAUUUCCUAAACGAUUGUGGUUUAUUAUCUAAAGAAAGGCAUGUAAUUUUCUUUCGGCACAAGGCCAGUGCAAUUCAGUAUGUGGAAGUUUAACAUUAUUUAAAUCAGUUGAUACAUUAGGCAGUAAUGUACAUCUUCCCCUUCACUGGAUGGAAAUGCUCCAGUUUGGUUUGGUUAUUUUGGGGGUGCUAAAGUGGAGUCUGAAAUAAACCCUGACCAGUUUUUCUCCUCAUCCCAUAAUAACUUGACAAAUCUUUUGCGCCAUUUUCCCAGCCUACAAUUUUCUGUUAACUUAUUUUAUAUUAUGAAGGAGCUAAUGCCAUACAAGUUUGGAUCACUGUAGUGUCCCUUUAAAAAAGUAUUUUACAAACAGAACUAAUUUAGAAAAUGUAAGCUUUAGGUUUAUUUUUUUUAUAAAAUAUGUGAGUAAAUAAGAUAUACAGAAAUCAGAUAUUUUUUCUAAAAUUAGAACAUAUCAUGGACGUAUGCCCUUGAAGAGUGUUUCAAAAAUGACAGCUAACCUCACUUUUCUUGCUUGCAAACGGAGAAUGCCCAAACACAAAUCGCGCAGGCAACUGGCAUCUUUGGUACAUCUGGGAUGCAGAAUUGUAUGUAUGAAAAUGCAAGGUUAUCAAGCCAUAUUAAUUACAGCUGUUCUAGUAGAACCUGUCAGAUUUGUGAAAGAAAAGUUGUAUCCAUCAUACAUAAUAUACUACAUUUUCUGAAGGUAUGGCAGUACUGAGUUUUAGAUCAUACAUCUAAAAGGUGUUUUAUUGCAUUUGUAUUCUCAGCUUUGUAUUCUCUGAGUAAUUUUAUUGAUGAAUUCCUGAUAACCAAUUUUGUAGUUACUAAAACAUGCCGUUAAAGCUUUUUUUUCCUCCUGUACAGCUGGCAAACAGAUGUUUUCUGCACACCAGGCCAGACCUUGUUUAACCUUAUUUAUGCAAAUAUGUAUUCUGUAUGUAUAAAAGUUUUCUGAACUGAAUGGUAACUACAGAUAAAUUAUUCCCUGAAAGGUAACAGGGCUCAGGGUAUUUUAAGAUAUUUAAAGGGCUGUUUAUUACAGUCAAUAUUUAAAUCUGAAAGCUUCAAAAUCUGCAGAUUGUAUUUAUUGCCAUUUUGUGGCCAAUAUAUUGAUUUUCUAACUAAUAUUAAUUUGUGGAUUGGAUUCAUAUUUAUCCUUUGUGAAUAUUUAUGAUCAAAAUAAAAAAAGGUUUCAUAGCUGG